UAUUCUAUUGUAAAGAUUAAAACAAGACAAUUCAGCAAUGUACACAUACAUAUGAAGAGAAAAGGCAAAUGAAGGGAGUCGAUAAUCGGCGACGUCCACCUCCCACCAUCGAUUCUCAUUAAAUUCCAACAAGUGUUGCAUGUGAUACUUGUCUCUUAACUUUAAUCUCCCAAAUAAGAUUUUCAUCCAUCUUAGCCGGCCCUACUCCCCCUGCCCCUCUUCACAUCAACAGCCAAGCUAAAUACCAUAAUAUAUUAUGAAGAAAGGGUGUGCAAGAAUAUGAUGACAAUGGUGAUGGAAGUGGAACCACCUUUCCCUCCUACCCCCAUUUCCCCAACCUGGAAACUCUACGAGAAUCCCUUUUAUAUCUUCCACCACCACCAACAACAAGAUCACACCCAAAUCCACACUCUCCACCUCCCUGUAUCAUCCCGCAAGAUCGCAGCCUCCUUCUCCGACCUACCCUUCAUGGACUCCGAGCGCAAAGCUCGCAAGAAGACGGAGUCUCUCAACAGGCGCCUCGCGCGGGAGCUGGCAGAGGAGCGCCGCGCCCGGGAGGCCCUCCAGCGCUCCUGCCACGACCUCUCCGCGCAGCUCUCCGCCCACAAGGACGAGAUGGCGAAGAUGAAGAGGGACAUGGACGAGGAGAGGAAGAUGCUGCGCACGGCCGAGGUCAUCCGCGAGGAGCGCUUGCAGAUGAAGCUCUCCGACGCCAAGUUCUUCCUCGAGGAGAAGCUAUCACAGCUCCAAAUCGAAAAUGGAGAUGAUCAGCAUCAAAAGAAGAAUUCUUUGAUGACGAAGGAGGCUGAGAAUCCGCAUAUAAAGAGAGGGAUAAAGGGGCUUGUGGAGUUUCCCAAAGUGGUGAGAGCGAUCGGUUGCAAAAGUAGUAAGCAUUUGGGGAGCAAAUUGGAAUGUCAGAAGGCGCAGCUCAAGAUACUGCUCAAGCAGAAAGGGCCGCUCAGGUUCACUGGCCUUAUUGCUAGAUGAGCUCUCAUGUAAUUAUUUUUUAUUUUUCUUUUUAUCUUUCUUGAUUUCUUGCUUCUUCUUUUUUUUUUGCUAUGCAUUUUGUGCUCUUUUUUUGUUUAUGGGGAGGAAUAAUCCGUUGGAAAUUAUAGUAUACAGUGCUUAGUGUCUUAGUUGUUGCAUCAGUAGCAAUGGGAAGAAUUUUGAUGUAGAAUUGAAUUUUUGUGUUCAUGUGUUUGUUGGUGUUGGAAAACAUGAAAUAGAAGUUGCUUUGCAUUUA